AUGUCGCACCCAACUCAAGGACCUUCCACCAGCCAGUCCAACUCAGCCCGUUCUACACCACAGCCCCCAGCAAACCUUCCAGCGAGACCUCCUCCGUCCGCCGUCUCCCAACCUGCGCGCAAUGUCGCUGCCUUUAGCGGUUUCAAGCCGCGCAAUGUCGCCGCUGCACCUGCUGCUCCAGCCCCGUACGCUGCAACAAACAUGAGCUAUCCCGCCCAGUACUCCGCCGCUCCAGCCUCGCAAUCUUACUAUCCCACGACGUAUUCUUCAGCACCAGCCGCCAGUCAACCGUACUACGCUGGCGCCGGCCCUUCCUACCCAGGAGCCGCUGCCUAUCCUGCUCAAGCGCAAUACACCGACACCCCUCCUCAGAUCAAGAACCCUUUCGCACCACCUCCAGCAGCAGGUCAAGGUUCGCUCUACGGCAAUGGCAGCUACGAUCCAGAGUUGGAAGCACAGAUUCAACAAUGGCAGAGCGCAUACACAAACAAAGACGACCCAUCAAAAACAGCAAGCAAGGGUGCAGCUGUAGGCAACGCGAACAACAUCCCGCUCGGCGCCAACAGGGCCCAACCUUCUACAUCCAGCGGCUCUGCUGGACCUGUAGCGCCCGUCGAUGCAUCAGGCAAGCAGAAGACCGUUCUCCGUGAAGGAGGUGGUCAGAAAUGGGAAGAUCCUACGCUUCUUGAAUGGGGUGAUCACCCACGUCUGUUCGUUGGUAAUCUUGCUGGUGAGGUGACUGACGAAUCUCUGCUCAAAGCUUUUGCCAAAUACCCAUCAGUCCAAAAAGCUCGUGUCAUUCGCGACAAGCGUACCACCAAGAGCAAGGGCUUCGGUUUCGUCAGCUUAGCCAACACAGAUGAGUUCUUCCAAGCUGCAAAAGAGAUGCAAGGCAAGUACAUUGGCAGUCACCCGGUCUUGAUCAAGCGUGCCGAAACCGAAAUCAAGACAGUUGUCAAGAAGGAUCACAACAACAGAUACAAUAAGAACAACAAGAACAAGAAUAACAAAGACAAGGUCAAGGAAGACAAGGGUCUGCUCGGAGCCAACACCGGCGCUGGCAUCCAGAAAAAGCAGACCAAAACCACUGGUGGUGGCGGUCAAUUCAAGUUGCUUGGAUAA